AUGGAUCACAUACCCUCGCUGCCUAGAUCCUUCAACGGCAACACCGAAUGGCUGAUUUUCGUGGAUCUGUUCUCAGGAUACGUGAUCACCAAAUCUAGUGCCUCCAGAUCCGCUCAAACAAUAGCCGAGACUUACGAAGAAUGUGUCUUUCGUCGAUUCGGCGCGAGCGAGGUGAUCCGACACGAUCGGGAGCCAGGCUUUAUGUCUGAUUUCUUUAAGUCGUUCCACAAGAUCCUGGGACAGCGCCAACGGGCUACUAUGGCGUAUCGACCCCAAGCUAAUGGAUCUGCAGAACGUAUGGUCCAGACAACUACCAGGGCUCUUAAGAUGUACGUGGAAGAUCUGGAUCAACAAGAUUGGGACGAGUAUGCGGAACGACUCACCUUCGCGAUCAGUACCGCAAGAGAUCGGAUCCGAGGUGAAACACCUUUCUAUAUGAUACAUGGCUGGGAUCCUAGAUCCACCCUGGAAGCUGUGAUCCCGCAGGCCAGAGAACAAGUGAACCAACGCCUACGUGAAGCGAUCGCGGAUCGGGCCGAUACGCAUAAUGAUCUAGCUCGACCUCAUCCUGUAGAGUCUGGAUCAAGGGUCUGGCUGUGCCUAGAUCGAGUGCGUGAAAGUUACGCGAAAAAGCUGGCGCACAUAUGGCAUGGUCCAUUCCGCGUUGCCGAGAAGAUCGGAGAGUACGCUGUGAGGUUGGAGGUGGCAGGAUCCGCAUACAGCAUUUUCCCGGUGGUGCAAGUGUCGAAGAUCAAACUGGUCAAGGUAUUCCCAGAUCGACCAGUAGCUCGUCUGAACGGAUCAGAAGAAGAUCGGGUGGACUUCGAUGAAGCUCACCUACCUAAAGAUAGCUGGAUCCAAGAUCGGGAUCCGGAUGAAUACGAAGUGGAGCGAAUUUCCGAUAUGAGAACUGGCAAGAGGACGAGAUACUCGACUCCGCGGAACCAACAAGACAACCAAGAAGAACUGAGACUUCCCAACUACGAUGAUCCAUAG